AUGGACCCACCCCAAACGCCAUGGGUGGGUCUACCACCCUUCCAAGAUGAAGAUGAAUCGCCGUUGAUGAACGCCCAGCCGAUAUUCGAGGAUAGUUUUAGUACCACCAAGGGAGAUGGAGAUGGGCUGGACGAUUGGGUGGAAAAUAUUCCGGGGAAUGUCAGGCGAACGAGACGGAAUAUGGUAGGUAAAUCAGGGGAUCUGGAGGAUUAUCCACCUCAGGAAGAGAAAUUUACUCAACAAAGUAUCGUUGUGCAGAAGCAGACAUCGACUAGGGAGGAUGGAGAGAUAUUGGGGCAGGAAAAUACACGGGCCAUGACAGCUAUCAACAACAGGCAGACGUCCCAUAAGAGGGUAGGAAGUCAAUCACUUAUACCAAUAGCUCGACCAUCGAAGAAAGCCAAACCACCCAUUCCCAAAGAGAAGAUCGAUAGUCUCUACACACGUCGACUGAGCGAUUCGAUCCAACGAAAUCCAACUAACAACAUCGAGAAUCUACAUGCUUGCCUUACAAGCACUCCAUUCCAAUCGCAUAUCCCACAAGCCCAAACUUCUUCUUUGAAUCUCCAUAAAAAUAAAAUGCAAGAAACCUCAAAAUCGAGGUCGAAAGCUAGUUUACAUGUUCCCCCUGUGUUGAAUGGGAAGGAAGAAGUUAGAGGAUUUGGUGCGGAUGGUCAGAUACAGAAACAUACCUCAUUUCGUCGUAUUCCCCAAAUGCAAGAGAAGACAUCGUCAAGAGGUCUGACCGAAUCGAACGACACCCAGCCUUCUCGACAAAAUACUAUCGAGACCUCAUCCGCCUCUGGAAAUAUUCCUCGGCGGGACGGGAGUGCAAACCAAGAUGGAGUUCAAACUUUAGCAAAUCAAGUAGCCACUCAACAUUUACUUUCCGUGAUAGAUCAUGAAAAGUUCACAGCUCAUCGUGAACCUUCGCCAUUCUCACUUGCAUCAACUACAUCGGAAAUCUCGUCUUCACAUACACAUACUUCCGAAAUCCAAAAUUCAAGCUCCGGUUUGAGGAGAUCAUCGAUGUCUGAAAAAGUUGUUGGGUUCUUGUCGAACUUGCUCACUCGAUCUAUCUCUUCAAGCUUACCGAGAGAUGAAUUAUCAUCCUCCAUAAGCGAGAAGCAAGUGGAAGGUGAAGAAGAUGACGCGACGGUCCCUUUGAGAUACGAUAUCGAUCAGGAUGAGGAUAUAGCUGUCGUAUUUGAUAACGAGCAUCAAGAGGGUCAAGAAGCAAGAGAACAUUGCCUUGAGCUAAAUCCAGAGAAAAGGCUUCCUCUGAACAAAGCUGAAAUCUCAACCAAUCGAGUCAGUGCUAAACAUUUCUAUUCAAUCGUUCCUCUCACCACACCCAUCCUAUGUUCUCGACCUCUCCACAUCCGACCCGAAACCAACGCGGAAGCCCAAAGUAUCUCCAUGAUACAUCCCAAAUUCAAACCACUUCAACCUUCUCGAUCAGCCAAUACCAACAUUUCAUCCUCGUCCUCAAAUAGUUCAAAAGCUUCAACAUCAAUUGACGAACAACCUUCUGUCAUUACAUCGACUGGGACGAGGUCAACUAUCAAUCGUCCAAUAACCAAAUCUGUGUUUACCUCUGAGGCAUUAGCCAAACUGCCUCCACCGGGUAAAGGUCACUCUACCUCGUUAUCUACUCAACCGGUCAUUGUCAAAUCCACAGAGAGAGUCAGGGAUUUGAAAGAGAGGAAAAGUGUGUUCGAAAGAUCAUCUGAACCGAAUCCAAAUCCAAAUUCAAUAAACAAGAAACAAAGAGCUCAUCCCAGACCUAGUAGAGCAGGGAUGAACUUGACUGUACCUAUCAGAGGACAUACACCUGGUAAAGCAAGUGAUAUAAGAUCAAAACAGAGGGCUAAGCUCGACGCAAUCGUCCAUGAAAAGAUCAAAGAAAAGGAAAAACAACAAGAGGAACUUAAGAAGCGAAAAGAACAAGAGGAAGAGGAGGUGUAUCUGAGGAAGAGGAAAGAAACUGUCAUUUGGGCCAAACCUGUUCCAGAUAUGUAUAAAAGGUGA